CUUUAAAUAGUAGAAUAGGAGAGAAACCCCGUGGACUGUUCACACGGACAAACUGACAGAAUCAACUGGAGGUUUCAAGACGACAUUAUUGCAGUCUCCCAUUGCACAGUGAGCAGCCAUGAGUGGGGAAUCCAUUGAUGACUUGAUCAGAAAGGCCAAACUGGCUGAGCAAGUGGAGCGUUAUGAUGACAUGGCUAAAACAAUGAAGUCCGCAGCAGAGCUUGAAGAGAAAGAACUGAACAAUGAUCAGCGCAAUCUGCUUUCGGUGGCCUACAAGAAUGUGGUUGGGGCCCGCCGGUCCUCUUGGCGUGUUGUGUCCAGCAUUGAGGGGAUGGAAGGUAGUGAUAUAAAGCAGUCCUUGGCCAAAGAGUACCGUGAGAAAAUUGAAACUGAGCUAAAAGAAAUCUGCAAGGAUGUGCUGGAUCUCUUGGACAAAUAUCUCAUUCCAAAAACCACAUUGCAUGAUAGCAAAGUCUUCUAUUUAAAAAUGAAAGGCGACUAUUACCGUUACCUAGCUGAAGUGGCAACAGACCCCGAGAAGGAAGAAACCAUAAACGCCUCAGAGGACGCCUACAAAGAAGCCCUCAAAAUCAGCAAAGAGAAUAUGGCACCCACCCACCCAAUCCGCCUUGGUCUUGCUCUCAAUUUCUCAGUUUUUUUCUAUGAGAUCCGCAGCUCACCUGAAAAGGCCUGCGAACUGGCUAAAUCCGCUUUUGAUGAUGCCAUUGCAGAGCUUGACACGCUGAGUGAAGAUUCGUACAAAGACAGCACACUUAUCAUGCAGCUGCUGAGAGACAACUUGACUUUGUGGACUUCUGAAAACCAGGGUGAGGAUACAGAGGAUCCCAAAGAUUGAGCGGAAGCCCAUUUGUCUCUUCUAGCCAGUGGCCAUCAUCCCGACACGUCUUCAUCAUGACCAUAAACACUGAGACCACCAUAGCCAUAAUUAUUGUCUAGCUCUCCAGAAUGCCUUCUGCUUCGUCUCACUUCUGUUAACUAGUAUUUGUAGUAAUUAAAGGCAUGGGCUUAUAGGGUUUUUCCUUAGAAGAUGCAUACUGUAGGUUUGUAUUGUUGUUAUGGUGGUGGGUUAACUUAACUCUUUAAAGAUGUGUGUGUUAGUGGUUUUAUUUUUCCUGACAUCUUUUGAUAAAGAAAUACCUCACAAGAUGAAACAUUGGCUGUUGAGUCUAAUGUGAAUGAAAGCAGACUAAAAUACAAAGGAAGGCCAAGUCUGAACACAACGGUUGCAUUCCAUCACUGUCAAAUGUUUAACUUUCUACAGUUUGAAUUACUAUUUUUGUAUGAUUUAUGUUUGUGUGUCGGUUACGAGGCAUCAAAGUUGCAAUAGCAUACAAGCUUCUUGGUGUUUUGUGCCCCUGAAAAAAGCUUCAUGUGCUACUUUUUUAAUUGUGUUUUACUUGCCAUUUUGUCAAUUAUUUGUGGUUGUAGAGAAAGUUCUUCCAGGUAAGUGCAAUAAAACAUUUUAACAUUUUAAUUCGGCCACUAAACAGGCAAUCUAGACAGUUGACUGGAAGGUUGGGUUUUUUUUCUGCAGUGUUCCAUCUGCAAUAAUCCCUUGGCUUCUAAGUGUGUGGAUUGUCAGCACCCAGGGGUAUUUCUUCAAAGGACAUGGUUUAUAUUUUUUAAUUGUAAGUCAGUCAUUUAAAUCAACUGUAAUCUGUGAAUCCUUGAUGCAGUGAAUCCCACUGAAAUAGAAAAAGUCUUCUUCCAAUUAAA